AAAAUAUUAUUACCGAGUCAGGGUAUAGGACGCCGUACAGGAGAUGUCGUCUGCAUGCAAACGUAAACCAUGAUUUGUACAUACACUGACAUAAGGCAUAGGCAGCUUGUAAUAUUGGACUACAUUGCUCACUCAUGUUUUCUGACUGGUUUGCGAAAUAGCCGCAAUGAGAUCAGUAGUGUUUGUGGAACGCUUGGAAUUUGAGUUUUCCGGAAACGUCUUCCCCAAUGCAGUAGUUUUGGGGGACGUUGAUAACGAUAAUGAAAAUGAGUUGGUUGUUGGAAAUGUUGAGGGUGAUCUCAUCAUCUUCAAAGGGAGCAACACAGUGCCAUGGGCCAGCUGCUCUGACCUUGGAAUGAUAAUCUGCAUCGGCAUUGGCGAUAUCUGCAACUCAGGAAAGAAUUGUUUGGUUACUAUAAGCGGUGAGGGCUUAUGUAGUAUAUUCAACAACAGUCCAGCCUCCAAAGCAGAGUCCGUGGAGCAAGCAGAGGCUGAUGUUGCCAAUGGCGAUGCAACAUUGUCACCCUGUUACACCCAACAUCUUUCUGCCAACAUCAAAGUGGUCCUCAUUGAUGACAUUGAUGGCGAUGGUAAGACAGAGUUUGUUGUCGGUCACACUGACAGAGUGGUGAGUGCCUAUCGCUGGGUGGAAAAACAGCAGCCGACGACAAACGAGACAAGUCCCUUCAUACCUGGCAAGUUUAUUUUGCUUCAAAAAUGGCACCUAAAUGGGCAGAUUGGCUCCCUGUCUCUGAGCAGACACCCAGACGGACGACCCAAGCUGAUCGUCUCCCAACCCGGCUGCAACUACGCUGAACUCCUCUGUAGCUGGGUCAGAGGUCAAGGGGAGGAGCUAACUGGUCCAAACAACAGCAAAGCAGAACCCUUUGUGAAGUGGCAUCCAAUCACCAACAAGCGCGCUCGUAAUGCAAACGUCUCAACAGAGCUGGUCGGCAGGAUCUGUCGCUCAGCUGACUGCCCAGAAAGGUCUGGGGCUGACGCACAAGAAGGGAAGGAUCCCCAGCCCAGUAGAAUGGCCAUGUGCACGUUAGACGGUACACUGAUGAUGAUCGAGGAGGAUAAGAUUCUGUGGUCACUGCUGGUCGACCAUCAACUCUUUGCCCUAACAAAACUUGAUAUAAAUUGCGACGGUCAGGACGAAGUUGUUGCGUGUGCCUGGGACGGCCAGACGUACAUUGUCAAUCACUCCAGGGAGUCGGUCCGGUUUCACUUCCAGGAGAAUGUUUGCGCCUUCUGCGCUGGCCAGUACAGCACCACUGGCGCCAAUAAGCCGUGCCUUGUCUAUGCGACAUUCAACAAGCGCAUCUACCUGUACUGGAACGUGCAGAUACCCAGAAUUCCCUCGGCGGACCUGCAGCUGGCCCUCUCACAAAACGACACAGUUCAGCAGAAACUGAAAGAGCUGGACAUUGAUGUGACUGAUACCAGCAAAUUACGAGAGCUUUACCAAUGGUGUUUCUAUGGCAACCACACAAAGAAGACAACUGAAGAGGAAACGUGACAUGAAAUCUCCCUUUGAUCAUUAAGUCAAAUAAAUCCUAAUAUCUGAUGGAGACAAGCAGCAUUAUUUCAUUUCCUGAACCAUAACCCAUUUAUAGUACUUUAAGGUUUUUUGUUGAACUUGGUUCCAAUUUGCUCAAAGAUUGUGGUAUUGUAUUCUCAACCCCCAUGUCUGCAGUGCCGUUACCACUCCAGUUUCUGUUGUGGUGUUGUUCAGAGUACAGAUGUUGCAUACAUGUAUGUCAAUCUUUCAUUGUAUGAUAUCCGAUUUCAUAAUUUCCCCGUUCUCCACAAGAAACUCUUUUCUUUGACUCCACAUUCUGGCAGUAGCUAUAUUUUCAAGCAAUUCCUGAGAAGUUAAGUGCAAACUCUUCUGUUAACUAGGGGAAUCGUUUUUCUUAUUUGGAGAGCUAUAUAUAUAGUUUAUACAACCACAAUGGUGUUCCUGCCUGUGCUUUGUUCGUAAGACCAUGUAUCAGGUUGAACGAAUGUUGACAAAAUCCGUAGUGUGCAUCCUACCAAGUCUUUUUGGAAGUAAUGAGACCAACGACCAAACUACAAAAAUGUGUGAAGAAGUGAAACACUUUUCUGAAAAACUCCUUGCUGUUAAUUUGUAAUUUUGUUUGAGUUAUGAUGAAGUUAUGUAGACUAUUCAUGCAUAAUGUUCUAUAAUUGCACGUAAUUAACAUUUAGGAAUUAGGCUAUGGGGUUAUCUUAAGUUUCUAAACCAGUUUAUAAAAUGAUAGAUUGUGUUGUAAACACAGUUUUUAGAGCCUGCCCAGGCUAGAACAGCUCCAGAAUGAGCUGGAUGACUCCAUGAAUAAAAUUCACGCGAUCACGAUGGCACUCACAUCACGUGACAUCCAUUAUUGCCGUGCACGCCGGGGCUCAAAACCUCCCGGGGAUUUACUGUUAACCAGUUAUCACUUCGAUCCCUUUUCAUCAUCUGCGUGUCGUAUGCGCAGCCGCCGAUAUGUUUUAUCCAUGGUGCACUGGACCAUUAACAAAUAGAGGACAUUGACUUUCACAAUGGGCGUUAAUAUUUUGAAAUAGUAACAAGCAAAAACCUGUGAAGACAGUGGUUGUUGAUGUUCAAAACCAUAAGUAAUUUCGGGACUUGUCAGAAGUGAAAGCAAAUCAAAUUUAUUCCGAACCUUUAUUUGUGUGAUUUCAAAUUAUUUUAAAUUUAUUUUCUACAAAUUACAGUGAUCUGUAUGUGAGCAAUAUAAAACAAAUACUGAGUGGGUUUAAAUUAUGCAAUGGUAGGAAUAUUGUUUAUUCAAAUAUGGGUAACUUCCAUUUCACGAGUUUGAAAUUGAAAAGUCCCAAGUUUGAGAGGUUUCUGCUCCCAUUCGA